UCACAAUCCGCAGGAUGCGAGAAUGUGAUGAUUUGUGCAUUAUUUCCCCUGAUGAUUCACAUCGUUUUCUUUUCACUGACGCACCGAAGUGCUGUUCUCUGAUGAAGGAACGAAAAGAACGAAAUUAUCCACCGUUACUGAACAAUCCCUACGUGCCAGCAUUAAGUCCUUGACCUCUUCCUCUACUCUCUCAUUGAAAUCUUUACUUCCUCACAUCGUUUCGGAUUCGAUUACGCUACUCUCGCAAGCAAAGAAGUUUGAACCUGAAAAUUUACGCAGUUCAAUUUGAGGCACAUCGAGCAUAGAUCCAUUUAUCAGAAACUUGACAAUUUCAAUCAAGUUUCACAAAUUUCACAAGUUCGAUCUGUGGAUUUGUGAGUCACAUCAACACACACGAGUCCGUUGUUGCUUCCGUGGUACCAGAAAAGUCGCAAGCCCUAGCUGGUCACUGCCUCCAAACUCGCGGACGACUCCUAAAAUACUAACCCAGUAUUUAUUCACAUUUUCUCUCACCUCUUCAAUACCUGUGGAGUGGACAAAUGCCAUGCAACAAGGAUCUGAUAAGAUCUCUACAAAAGAAUGGGAGGAUUACCACUCCGAAGGUGGCAGAGGCCAUGGACCAGAUUGACCGAGGCAUUUUCGUGCCUGAAGGGGAGUCUCCUUACAUGGAUUACCCUGUGCCCAUAGGCUACAACGCCACCAUAUCUGCCCCGCACAUGCAUGCCAUUUGUCUCGAACUGCUUAAGGACCAUUUGCAACCUGGAAAUCACGUGCUGGACGUUGGGGCUGGGACGGGAUACUUGACAGCAAUAUUUGCUCUUAUGGUUGGAGAAAGUGGUCGUUCCGUUGGAGUGGAACACAUUCCUGAGCUCACAGCUAAAGCUAUUGAGAAUGUACAGAAGAGCAAAGCUGCUUGUUUACUUGAUACUGGCAGCCUUUCGCUGCAAACUGGAGACGGUAGAGAGGGAUUUCCAGAGCACGCACCUUACGAUGCUAUUCAUGUUGGAGCAGCUGCUCCAUCAAUUCCAGUGGCACUUAUUGACCAGCUAAAACCCGGAGGUCGAAUGGUCAUACCCGUGGGUCAACUGUUCCAAGACCUUAUUGUACUAGAUAAAGAUUCGAAAGGGGAUGUAAAGAAAAGCGAGUAUACUUCGGUUCGUUACGUUCCUUUGACCGAUCGCCAGUCUCAGCUUGGGAAGGCAUCGUAGUUGGAUAUUUACAAGGCUGUAAAUAGGAUAUCACAAAACACUCGGACUGCUGGAAAGUCGCGUUGGAUUUCGUAAAGUAAAUGUCACGUAGGAUUGUACUGUUGACGUUUAUCGUUACCAUGUGUGUAGUCAGGUUGUCAGUUGUAAGCAUUAGAUUGUUUUUGCUCCAGCGUUGUGACUUGCGUAUGACAAGUCAGUUUAUAAACCUUUAUUCUCCGGAUACGCACAACUUCCUGUUGAGAAAUCUGUGGCGAGGUGAACGUGUGAACCUGUCCGCCACACUCACAGCAGGUUAGUUCUGAACUUGUGGUAAUCCAGAAGAUUACGCUCGAUUUUGUGGUGCAUUACAAUAACCUGUCAAGAUGAUACUGUGGAUUUUUCAGAGCAUAUGUAAUUUGAAAAUGAGGAAUGAAGAGCAAAGAAUUUGACUCCAA